AUGCACCUGCGUGGUCUGUGUGAGAGACGGAGCCUUCUCAGACUUCAGAGACUUAGAGAGCACCACGAUAAAUGUGAGCGCAGAUUUAACAUGUCCAACAUAAACCAGAGAGAGCAAAAGAAAACUCUACAGCUCCUGCAGGCCAACAUGGACCAAUCCAAAGAUGCAGAAGAUCUCAAAGCUAAAUCAUCCAAUGAUCAGCCCUCCUUGUCACCACUAGCCUCAAGUGAAGAUUUGUCAGAAUUAUCCAGCGACAGUGGAUCAGGUGAAGAGUACCAUCCUCCACCACCAUCAUCAUCGUCACUGUCACCAUCCGCCAGUGGAGACGAGCUGCUCCCUGAGAAAUCAGCCAGACACAAAGUUAAGGAGACGCAUAAAAGGGGUUCAGAAGGAACAGGACCUGGAGCCAGCAGAAGUCUCACAGGCAGCCAUGCACAAGUGGAGGCUCAUGAUGACAAACAAGAGCCACACUCAACUGGAGUCACUAGGCACGAUGAUGAUGAUGAUGAUGAAGAAAGAGGUGAGCCUGGGCAUCAGUCUGAGCCAAGUGAUGGAGAGGAUGCGCUUUCCCUGCUCCGGGCUGCUGGGCGUAAACCAUCUGGAAAGAGACGCACCAACAAGAUCUCUGAUGUACAAGUGGUUAUAUCUGACGCUGAUUUGCUGAAGCAGACUGCAAACGCCGCAGAGGGUCGAGGAAACACCUGCUUCCAACCAGGAGGUGGAGAAAAUUCUCUUCUGAAACAGUCCAACUGCGGCGCACCGCAAACUGCCGCCAGACCUUCCUGCCUUCGGUUCGGCUGUGUGGUUUCAUCCGAGAGCCUCGGAGCGCAAACAGGAGCGCGGCAGGAGCUCUGGGAGGACGACCAGGACGUGGAUUUGGGCGGUCGGAUGAUAGAUUCUCUGCAGAGCAGAAACAAGCAGACGCCGGCAUCAUCAGAAGUAUAA